GCAACAAUAUUGAGAAAAAAAUAACACAAUCAUCAACAUCAUUAAUAUAAUUCGUGAUCUUUGGGUUUGUGUCUGAAUACUACAAAGAUAUGCUAAUGAUCUUCUCUAAACCCAUCUUCAUAGGUCCCUCCCAUGAUACUUUCUUUAUGCAUGUUGAUGUGCGUCUUUUUACACACUUGUUCAAUGCCACCACGUAGGAGAUUAAAUUUUACAAGAAAAAAGGUCUAAAAUGACGUCAUUUCAUGUUGAUGCGCGUCUUCUUCGUCACACUCUUGAAGAGAUAACCUAACGCUUCUAUGCUUUCCUUGUAGUACAAGAAACCGUAUAAAAAUGAUAUGAGACCUUUGGACCAAGAAAGAGACAAAGUCAAUACCCUAAAGCAAUCCUAAACCCAAACCUUAAAACCUCCUAUUACACAUAAGUAUCUCAUAUAUACACAUAUCUUAUAUCAUUCAAACACAUUAGAAAUUUUCUGUUACACAGUUUGAUUUAUUAUUCCAAAAGAAAUUUGCUCCGAUACAUAUAAAGACUUGUCAAUGUUGAGGAGGCAAAGGCCUGGCGGUGGCCGUCACCCGCCACCAUUGACUCCAACGGUGAGCAACUUCAAGCCAAGAGCUCAAUGGAACAACUCCGGAUCAUCCAUAAUCCUCUAUGUCAAUCUUCCUGGGUUUUAUAGAGACCAAGUAGAAAUCAAGAAGGAUGAUAAGACGCGAGCUAUCUACAUUCAAGGCCAGCGACCACUCUCUACUCAUACUAAGGCUCGUUUCAAUGAAGUUUACCGUGUUCCCGAGUCGUGCGAUAUGACGAAACUGAACACUUCCUUCUCACAUGGACUAUUGACGAUCGAGUUCCCGGCGGUUGUGGAAGAUGAGAAAACGGAAAAGGCAGGGAAUGAUCAGGGGAAGACUGUAGAGAGUCUUGAUAAUGAGGAGAAUAGAGGGGCUGGUCUCAGUGGGAGUAGCUUGGGACGGAAGAAACCUUCGGAUAAGGAGAAACAAGUGGGAACAAGUCAAGAGAAAGCUGUUACAAUGGCGAAUAAAGAAGAACCCAUUACGUCUAAAUCAGUGGUUGAGGGUAAGAGAGCAGUGCCAGCGGCUAAAGUGAAGAAUGAAGAGAAAGUGAAAGAAGGAGAAGCCAGCUCUGCUCAAAUAGGCCAACAAAAGACUUUACAGAAGGUAAAGGAGGAAGAGGCUAGAAGUACACCGAUCAUUGGUGGUAGCUUGGAAGCCAAGGUACUUGCAAAAGAAGAGAUUGAGAGGAAGAAAGUUGGUGAUAUUGGUCAGAAAAAGACUGUACAAGAGGUGAAGGAGGAAGGAAGUACUAGAAGGCCAACCAUUGAUGGUAGCUUGGAACCUAAGGUACAUGCUAAAGCAGAAAAGGUAGUUGAGAGAAAGGGAGAUGGUGAAAUAGGUCAGAAGCUGAAUGGGGAAGGAAAGAUUGGCUUGGGAGAGAAGAAAGAGCAGAAACAUGAUAAGAUGGUUGGAUACAAGGUUAGUGAAGGAGGGAUUCAAGAGAGAGUGGAAGAAAAGAAAGUAGAAGACGCUGGUCUAGUCAAAGAAACAAGAGAUCUGAAAGGUAAACCUGAAGUCAUGGAACCAAGAAGGGUAGAUUUAGAUGUGAAGGAAGACUUAACCAAAGGAGGUGAAGACAGAGAAAAGAUGCUUGAAAAGAGUUCAGAAUCAGAAAAGGAUACAUUACUAGUUGAAGAACAGAGGAAGACCAGCAUGGAUACUCCUGCAACAGAAGGAAGAAUACAAGAGGAAAAAGGGAGUCAUAAAUAUGACACAUCUUUGGUCAAUGUUGGAGUAGCUUCUCUUGUCAUUAUGGGGUUUGGUGCAUACGUCUUCGUACCACUUGUAAAAAUGUUCUACUGAUUCUGUUAAAAAAAACAAAAGCAGAUGCCACUUAAGGAAAAUAUACCAGGACAUUAGUCAUUAGUGUACCACAUUCAUAAUUCUCUAUGGAACUCAAGCCGGACGCUGAAAUUAGCUUUGCAAACUCUUCAAGAUUGCAUGAAGCCCAAGCUUCUAAUCCUGAUUUUUUUUAAAGUAUCACAAACAUUCAUACAAGUAUGUAACGCCAUCAUAAAGAGUGUUAUGUAAUGAGUAACACUAUGUUACUUAGAUCUCUAUAAAUAUGCUAGUAAUAUUCAAUUAUUUUCAUACAAACAAAAAACUUCAUUUAUGUCGCACGACUUUUCAUGUGACAGAAUUUGAAUCUUACUGAUAUAGAUGAUAUACUCUACCUAGAAUGUUUGUGGCAUGGCCUUAAUUUCUAAGUCAUGUUUUCUUGUUUGCAAUUGCAUUUCCAUAAUUUUCAAGUCUCAUUCAAGAUGAAUAUCACCCUUUUUGUGUAA